ACCUCAGCAGAAGUUGAUCAGGCUGACUUUGAGAACUAUUCAGGCGGUCAAAACAUAGAGUAAGUUCAAUUUUAUAUAAUUAUCAAAUGAUACUGAGUACGAUAUUGUCUAAACUUACUGACCGAACAGUUGCUUUGUCCUUUGAAAUCAGAUCGUCAAGACCAGCAUCAUGGCUUCAAAACGGUGCCCAGGGAAUUUCAUCCUUGACAUCGCAAAUACUGGAAUAGGGGUCACAGCUUCACUCUCUCGCUUUGGCUCCGGUUAUAGAGUCAAGAACGUCGCCAAUAGCAUCUCCCUCUCCGCGACUCUGCUGAUUGAUGUUGGUCGCGAUGUCAACAAGAACGAGGGCUACUUCAAGGACAACUUCGAGGCCAAGUUCCAUGUUGCGUUAGCUAAAUGUAAGAAAGAGUACGAGCAAGUCGUUGCGGCUAUCGAGAAAGUCCAAUCCUGGAAGAAAGAUGAGACCGAUGAGACUAAGGAGGGACCACCAAAGAAGCCCUGGAAGAAGUUGGCUUGGGGUCUGGGUAUGACAGAUGAUGAGUUCAGCGACUUUGAAGAUGAGUUGGAUGAAUCAUACAAGAUUGCGAUGAUGUCACAAGUCGUUGUUCAGCUUGUGAUUCUCCAGGUAAAUGCACAGAAACGAGAGCUCUCCGAUUAUGAACUUCUUCUUCUUCGCCGAGUAAAGAAAGCUAUGGGGGAGUUUCUCGAGCUCCUUCAUGACACAGGUGUCGCCAACCUUAUGGUGUUCAGUCUGAACGAGCCGACAAUGCCAGCCAACAUUACUCAGGUGGUGCAGGCCAUUGAGGAGAAGAAGGGUGCCAAGAAGGAUGACGACACAGCAAGUAGCACUUCGAUCACCAUUCGUAAUCCAACAGAAAUCAGUGUGCCUCUGAAGAAAGGACCAGGACCUGGACCUCCACCACCACCUGCCCCCAUCGUUGAAACGAUUGUUCCCUGCAAAGCACCAGAUAUCUAUGAGAUGCAUCAUGCCAAUAUCGAAAAUCGUGAGAGAAAAUCCAACCAAACAGUCUUCCGCUUCAUCGGCAUCCCGCUCAGAAUCAACCGCACAGAGAAUGAAGUCUUUGGUUCUCUCAGUAAAGUACCAAUGUCUCAAGAUGACAUCAAAGCCUUUCUUGAGAAGAACAAAGACGCAACGGCGAAGCAGUCAGCGAUCGAGACUCUCAUGAGUGUACCAACAGCCACCAGCGCAGCUGUCUACGCUUACCUCGCCACCAAGGCCGACAGGCGCACAUAUCAAUCACACACCUGGAGUGUGGAUUGCGUAGUCACUUCUCCAACGGACAAGGUCAAAUCGUUUCCAUUCGUGAGAAAGAAGGAGAAGGUCUCUACCAAUCACAUCAUUGUUCUCAAAUGCGAAGCCCGAUUUCCCGGAGGUCCAUUCCCACGUCCUGGACCACCUCCAGGAUGGGGCCGUGGCCCACCCAAUGUUAACCGACGACCGGCAAGCUCAAGAUCAUCCUCGAUCGUUUCUCGCAAGCGCUCGAGCGUAGCUGCGAAGUUUGAGCUUUCGCAGCAAGAGACUGAGAAUGUUAUCAAUGACUACCUGGCGUCAUUCUCGACGUUGUAUGAUGGAGUGCCGGUUGAGCAGCGUGGCGCGGCUUUGAAAGCCAUUGUCUUGCCUACUGCAGAUGAUUCGGACUCUGACAGCGAUGGGUCGUCGAGCUCGGGAAGUACUAGGUCUCUGGUCGAUGACUAGAUGCUGGGGGCUGGGAUGAUGACUUUCAUAUGUUGCCUCACGUUUGCCUCACAUUUCCUACACAGGCUCGCUUACGUUGUUUAUUGGUUGUGAACAAGUCAGUUUUCUCAGUCAAAUAAUGAUUUAAUUUUCAUUACUACCG